UAAAUCAUUCAUGACCCUAUUUAGCACGGUUAUCAUUUUUACUCCUCUCUUUCCAGAACUACUGAGCUACUGGAGUUUGUACCCAAAUGACUGUGAAAGUGGAUGUAAACUAAUGGUUUCGCACCUUAUUGACAGAGAAAAAGCAACUGCGUACAAUCUGUCCCUGCAUGUCCGAAACACAGCAACACCCCAAAAGGAAAGCUGGGACUACGUUAGAGUGGUGGUCAACAAUGAACAGGAAUAUGAUCCUUAUUUCUGUAGAAACGGCAAUUGUUCCCAGGUUGUAUAUAUGUAUGAAAACAACCCGGAUGUUUACACAUACUUUCAAAAAGCAACAGAUGAGGACAACAACGACGUCAGUCUAGGCGACGAUGAAUACAAUUACGUAUACUAUUACAUCGUGGGAGGAGACAAGAACUACUUCCAGACUGUCAAUGACUAUGAGGAGAAAAUUGUUCUGAAGAAUAUGCCCGACGGUCUUGACAGAGAAUAUGUGGAGGAGUACACACUCCAGAUUCAUGCCACCAACACAGAGGGAGACAACGGAGACAAUUAUGAAUUGCCAAGAAAUGACACUCUAAACCUCAUCAUUCGAGUUGGCGACGUCAACGACAAUGACCCAGAUUUUAGCGAUGACGUGAUCUUCACCAGUUUUAUGCAGAGCAACAAAGUUGAUGAUCGCAUCAGCACCAUUGAGGCUAAUGACCCGGAUCUUAACGAAACACUGACGUAUGGUAUGCUGAACGACUUGCGGUGUUUUGAGACUGACUUCGUUCCUGAUGCUCCUUUUAGAAUAGAAAGGAAGGACGACCGCUCGGUGUAUCUGAUACUGAACUUCGACCCCAAGGGAAUGUCGCAAGGCUACUGCAACUUCACCAUACAUGUAGAAGAUUCAUUUGCUCACACGGACGAGACGGUAGUCAAAGUGUACGUCAUCAAUGAGGACUACCAAGUGGCCAUGUACUUCUCUAAUGAUUUGGAGGAAGUUCAAAGCAAGAAAAAAGAGAUCGAGGACAUCUACAGCAGCGUCUACAGCUAUGAGUGCACCAUCGACAGCAUCGCACAAACCCAAUCAACGACGGGUGAGAUCCUCGCUAACAAGACAACGGUCUAUAUGCACUUCAUCGACGAAGAAAAAAAUGAACCAGUCGAAGAUAAGAUAAUUCUUGACCUCUCUGACAACGCCGAGACUAUGACUCAGUUACUACAACGCCUCAACCUCAUCGGCAUUCAACUGGACUCUGUUGAUACGUACACACCAAACACCAAUGCCAAGGGUGCUGAGGAAAAGGUCAAAGAGUUGCAGAUCCUGCUUGGAGUAGUUAGCCUCGUUUUGGGUUUAUUUGUACUCCUCCUUGCAACAGUUUAUUGGCUCCGCACAAACAAACUUGAAAGAAAAAUCAAGGUUCUCUCAACCAACACCUUCGGAUCCAAAGAUGAGGGUCUCAAUCAGAUGGGACUCGAAAUGGCUGCGGUCCCAGGUAGCAACUAUCUCGCCAAGGAACACGGAAACCACAACCCUGUCUUCAGCGAGAGUGGUGGCUUAGAAUUCAAAAGCCAAGACACAGAGAGUAUAAGCAGCGGCGACUCCGUGUUGGUUGGGGUGGAGGAUAACCCUGAGUUUAAAAGUUACUUGGCCAAAGGCACAACAGCUUCCUCCUCCAAGGGCUUCGAGAAUCCAGCUUACGGCCGCUCCAUCGAUGAUGUGUCUGCAGGUCCUCCCGGUGUGCAGGGUGGCAUGAAGGGAAACCCCCUGCUUAACCUUGGAGUUUUGAAAGAUGAAACAUCCAGGGAAAAUGUUUACGAUCGGGACUCACUGGGAUCCCAGGACAACUCGAGUUCCGUCAACGAAAACAUCAACUUAUCUUACUGAUGAAGAAGUGAAAAUAAAGUUUACCGGUGUUACAACGCAUAUUGACAUUGUAUGCUGUGUAUGUAAUGACUAGUUUUGAUUGUAGAGAGUGAUGCAAAAUAUGUUCAAAGUGACACACUUAACUUUUUUUUAUUUAUUUAACAAGGUGAUUUUUAUUGCUUUACUUUUUUAUAGUAAUAGUAGCUAAUAUCAAUAAGUGUUCUGUGGUCUCACUGUUCAUGAUGAGACAUAUUUCAUCAAAGCUAAAUUUUGGUAUUGACCAUGAGUACCUUUUGUAAUUACCACGACAUUAAUAGCAAUGCUGUUUAUUUACGUGAAUAUUUUUUAAAAGUUAUGUAUCGGCUUACAUCAUUUUGAUCAAAAUACUAUUAUUAUUAUUAUUAUUAUUAUUAUUAUUAUUAUUAUUAUUAUUAUUAUUAUUAUUAUUACUAUUAUUAUCAUUAUUAUUAUUAUUAUUGUUAUCAUUAAUAUUAUUACUAUUAUUAUUAAUAUUGUUAUUGCUAUUACCAUUAUAAUCGUUACUGUCAUAUUCUAAUGUUAUCAUUUAUAUGAAAAUAAAGGGAACGAUCGAAUUUCAUGUUUAACAGCGUACCUUAAGACAGUGGAUCACAACCAGGGGGAAAAAUUUCAAGGGGUCCAUACUCCAUAGAGAUUCUAAUUAUUUUAAAAUUUAUUAUAUUGGAAAUAGGAGACAUGCGGCUCGGAAUAAAAUCCAUACUACUGGACGCAACCCUUAAAACUGAAUGCUUAAAUUUAAUGCUAGAAUUGCUCUACAUUAGCUAACGGUACUAGGGGUGUCAAAUUCACGACCAACGUGACAAAUUUUGCCCUUGGGAUGGUCAUGAGUAGCCCGCUUAACCUAUUUCGUUGUAGGAGUCCACAGGUGAAAAGUGACUGGAAAAGGAGGAACUGUACAAAAUAGGUUGGAAACCAUUGAGUUAAAAAAAAAGUUAUGUAGAAUGCCAAAUUAGUUUUCUGCUAAUAAUAAAACUAUGCAGAGGACUAACAUACAGUCCGACGUUUUGCGAGUCCUUUUCUCUAAUUCUCCAUCACCACCCUUGCAAAUUUUCAUGAUAAUGGAGAGAAGAGGCAUUGUGAACGCUUGGAAUAAACCCAUUAUUAAGUAUUUUCUGAAGACGAGUCAUAUCAUGUUCUAGUCAUGAAAUCCCCAGGGAUAGGUAGCCAAGACUAAAUAGCUCUGCUAAGGAUAGAAGAUAGGGUUAACUCUCUCACAAAGAAGCUGUCAUAAAGAGGUAGCGAACAAGCAACCUUUGUCGUGAGCUGAUCAUCGUACCUGAAGAACCACACUGUUCCCGCGUUAAGGAUAUGCAAUAAAAAUAUUUUUAGGUAUGGCUGUAACAGCAAAAGGCCAACCUGAUUUUGUAGAAGUUUAGAUGGUCAAGAUACGCACUUGGUUCAACAUUUUGUAUUUGUUUUGUGUGGCUCCGAAGAAAUUCAAAUUCAUAUAAUUUUCUUAUAAUAAUAAAGGCUGAUCUGAAACCUGUUCCUUAAGGCAUGCAGCCUAUCCUUGUACACUGCAGCCUCCUCACUCUCUUAACUCUUCCCCUCGUAUAUGUAUUAUAACAUCCUACAGUGUAAUGGUUAGCAUAAUAAUAAUAAUAAUAAUAAUAAUAAUAAUAAUAAUAAUACGAAUCCACAGUCGGUGUGCAGCCAAGCUAGCUAUUCAUCUUCCCAUUCGAGCUGGUGGAUACAUAAAUAACCGGGAAACAAUGCGUAAAGAACUGCAGUAACCCGGAUGUCACACCUCCCCUGUGUCCCAUAAUACUGGGUUGCCAUCCCCACAGGCUCAAAGGGCAAAUGAGACGGAAACGAGCACACAAAACAGAACAGUGGGAUCGAAAAGUUCAUUUGUAGAGAAAUGGGUCAGCUGAAUAGCCAGCAUGAUUAAGGGGAGGUGGAAAAGAUGAAGCAAAUUUGUUGGAAAUAUUUUGGACUAGGUGCCAUAAGUCUCUGGAAGAUAUGGAGAAAACAAGGUUUUGACAUUUCAUUCAGUAAGGGAGGUUUUGCUGCUUCGAAUCCGGUGAAUCCGGGUAGAAAUGUACAAAUCAUAAUUAGCAGGAGUUCGAAGCCUCAUGUACCAUUUGUGGGCUGUUUCUCAUAUAUAGCACGAGAGCAAGAGUGAUACGACCAGGGUUUUCAGCAGUUUAAUAGAAAGAAUACGUGGAAUGUGAGCCUUCAUUCCAGAAACAGUCACCCACGUAAUGCGCUGGGCAUACACAGAGGGGUUCCUGACCUAGAAACAGUAAUUAUUCCACGUGAAAUCGGAAAAAAAGGUCCUCUUGUCAUCCCACUGUGCUCAAUAUCAGAAGCAUCGCCUCUUUGGUGGGUCAAGAGGUUAGACAAGAACAAUAGGACAGAAUGGGAAAAUAAGGUUGUGAUCGGAGGGGCCCUAUGGAGAGCACUUUGACAGAAUAAUAAGCUGGGGGAUUUGAGGUUCGGAAUAGGUACAGUGCUUUAGUCGUGUCUUCAAGGCGGUCAGGGAUACGUGUAGAGGUUAACUGCUCUUUAUAAUUUAGGAGAGCAAAGUUGUAGACUUGUUUAACAGCUAGUCAGUGAAAAAGGGUGUAAGCCAAAACUGGUUGUGAACAUUGAAAUAUCUUAAGAGAAAGAUUUCAUGGAAGGAAGAUAAAGUCAGGAUGUGAUUGGGUUCAAAUAUUUAAAUAAUUUUACAUAAUUGCUAGAGUUUAGACAUAACAACAUUGAUGUAUUUAGUAAUAGAAUGACAAUUUAAGUCUUAGUCACAUGGUGGAAUAUUCUGAAGUGUCAAUGUUGUGGGCACGAGAGCAAGUAAUAUCGUUGUAUACAUAGACGCAUCGAGAUUUUUUAUUGAAAUUUAUGACAUAGUAUGGGAACAGACUAGUGAUUAAUGUCAGUAACGUCAGAGACCUGUGUUUCGUUUACAAAGAGAAAGCGAGGUUUAGAGGAUGAAAAAUGGUGUUCCACAUUUUGUAAAUUACAUCACAAAUGUUGCAGAUGAUGAUGAUUAUUGUGGUGUUUUUCUUGGCGCCGCAACUGCAAGGUCAUGUGGCGUCGAAUAAAAGAUUAAAUAAGC